CGCUAACCUGUUCGCCCUGACGACCACUCGGCCAGCAGCCAACGACGCAGUCAACAGACGCGAUGGGCACGGACGACAACAGCGGCGGUGGUGGAGGGGAAGCCAACUUUGUGGAGGUGGUACAUGGGGCUGGGACGGUGACGUACUUGAACCUGGACUGCCAAGUGUGCCACUUUUAUGACCAGGUUGCACAAAUAUGCAGCAUCCCACCGGAUUCAAAGGUGGACCUGGCCACAGACCGCGGCCGCCUGGCGCUGUUGCCCGAGCUCGCCAACUCCAGCCAGCCUGUGACCACGGUGCUCAAGUCGCGUUCGGUGAUGGUCCCGGUGCUGCUGAUGCCACUGGCGCUGGGUGAUGGCUUUGAUUCGGAGACUGCAUCCGUUGCCCCACCAUCGAGACCGUCUUCAACGCGCUCCACAUCUGGGCGACGCAAGAAGGAGGAGGAGGAAGACGUCGUGUCCAUGAGUGUCGGCCGGUACCGGUUCUCGCCCCUGUUGCAGGCGGAUGUCAUCGCCUCUCGAUUCCCUCAGUUUGAAAUCCAUCCCCCGGGCAAAACAGGCUCAUUGAAGAAGAGCGCUUCACGCCGCAUCUCUCGGGUUAAUCUUGUCAAGUCCAAAUCAAAACACCCCUCCAUCACCUCCUGACGCUCCACGUGUGUGUGUGUGUGUAUUGUGUGUGUGUAUUGUGUGUGUGUGUAUUGUGUGUGUGUUUUUGUGUGUGAUUCUUUGUGUGUGUGUGUGUGUGUGUUUGUAUGCUUCUUUGUGUGUAUUGUGUGUGUAUUGUGUGUGAGUGUGGUUUUAGUUGUUCUUUUUCUGCUUGUGUAUGUGUGCGCUUGUACGUGUCCAUGCUUGCGUAUGCCUGUGUCCCUUGUGUUGGUCGUUUUCCCUUGGUCACUUGACCCUUCGAUGUCGUUACCGCUCCCUCUCCUUUCUUGAUAGUUGAACCCCACUGCACGCUUGCUUUGCCCUCCUCAAUCUCUCCCACACACACUUUGCAGCAGCAGCUGCUGCUGCUGCUGCUUGGGUGCAUAUCACGUGCCAUCUCAUUUUCAUUCAAUACAGCUACCAAAUCAAAUCUUAUCGGCCUUCACCCUUCCACCCGCACCCUGUACCAUGGCUUGACUUGACUCGGGGAGUGUCUUCAAUGUCAACACGACUUUCAAUUAACAUACAAAGCGUC